UUACAAUAAACAAUUUGGAAGGAAUUAAUUAAACCUUUGGUCGUAUAUUAUACAAAAACAUGAAUUUAAACAUAUCUAGUCUUGCAAAUUUUGUCUGGAAGUCACAAGCAGUCGCUGGAUGUAAUUAUCAACAAGUGAGGAACAAAUGGGCAAAUUGGCUUAUGAUAAGAGAUGUAAAGCGGCGUCGCCUGAACGCUGAACACUACCUUGAGAGGACCAGAAUCAACGCUCUGAGGAAGAACGAUGUGCUGCCUGUGGAGAUAAGGGAGAUGGCAGAUAAAGAAAUCAACAAGUUUGAGCUCAACUCCACUCCUCUAAGGAUCAACAACAGAUGUGUUAUUACAUCUAGGCCCCGUGGAAUUGUAAAGGAAUGGCGCAUGAGCCGUAUUGUGUGGAGACACCUCGCAGACUACAACAAGCUUUCUGGAGUACAGAGAGCCAUGUGGGGCUAAUUUAUCCAGAUUGUUCUUAGUCAUCAUAGUGU